AUGGACCAACAAAUUGAGUCCACUGGCGAAAAUACCAAGGCUGGUGAAGUCGCACUGAAAUCCCAGGCUGAUGACCUAGGCGUCUGGGCAACGGUCAAAAGAUUCCCGAAGGCCGUCUUUGUGUGCAACCUGUUGUGCAUCGCUGCGGCCGCGGACGGUUACCAGAUUAACUUGAACGGAAACAUCAUAGCAAACCAGGGCUUCAUCAACCAUGUUGGUUUUUUGGACUCGAGUGGGGAGAGGGCGCUCAAGGCCAACUACACGGCUUUAUGGGGUGCCAUGCAGUCUCUUGGACAGUUGAUUGGUAUGGUCUUUAUGAACCCCAUCUCCGAUCUCGUCGGCCGAAAAAUGACGCUGUACGGUGUCUGGAUCGUCCUUGCUGCGUCGCUUAUAAUCGAGACCCUUGUUCGGGACUGGAGAGAUUGGACUGGGGCAAAAUUGCUGGCUGGUGUCGGGAUAGGCGCCAUCCAGGCCACACUUCCGGUCUAUGUGAUGGAGUGGUCUCCCGUCAAUAUCCGUGGAGCCAUGAUCGUUACUUAUGGCUUCUGGAAUGUCAUUGGAAAGUUUCUCGCUAAUCUCGUCCUCAUGCUGGUGCAGACCAGUAACCCCAAUAAUUACAAGAUUCCUAUCCUGACACAAUGGGGUUUCCUGGGUAUCAUGCUGCCCAUCUUUUUGUGGUUACCUGAAACACCUGCUUACUACGCCGAGCGAGACAUGGACGAGCUAGGUAAAAAGACUCUCAAACGCGUCAAUGGCUCCGUCAAAGAUUACAACCUGGAAACCGAGUACGCCAUCAUCAAGAAUACCAUUAUCGAGGAGCGACACGCUCGCAUAGAGCUUGGUCAGGCGGGCUUGACCUGGCAGGAAUUGAUCAGAUCCUACCUUGAGUGCUUUCAGCGUGCUAACGUCCGUCGUACAAUUGGGGCCGCCUUGCCGGGUUGUGCUCAGCAGCUGGCCGGUUUAUCUUUUCUCAAUACCUAUGCCAGUCUCUUCUUCAAACAGAGCGGAUUCACCAAUGCAUUCCUUAUUACCACUAUCAUGUGCUCGAUUCAGCUGUUCACUGCUCUUUGUCUUAUGUUUCUCACAGAUACAUUCGGCCGUCGAAACAUGGUUUUCGUUUCUGUCAUCGUCUGCACCGUCACGCUCUUGAUAGUUGGGAUUCUGGCAUUUGUGGCCAAGACGGCUGGGAUCAAGGCAUUUCUCGUCUUCGUUGCGUGCGUGUGGGCUUUCGCCAAUAGCACGGUUGGUAGCUUAGGAUUCGUCUUCGUCGGGGAGGUUUCCUCCCAGAAACUGCGAGCCAGAACCGCCGGUGUCGCUUCCGGUUUAUCGGUGCUCUUUGGUCUUACUUUCAACACCUCCCUGCCUAUCAUCUUGGAUCCCGCCGGUGUGAACUGGGGCUAUAAGACGGCCUGGCUUUUCUUCGGCUCUGGGGUGGUGGUUUGUAUUCUUCUCUACAUUUUCCUCCCCGAAUGUUCUCGCCGGAAUGCUGCUGAGAUCGAUGAGAUGUACGAGAAGGGUAUUCCGGCUUGGAAGAUGAAGAAAUACGUCACUGAGGUGCAAACGAUGCAUCAGGUUCACUAG